AUGUCAUCCGUACAGGGUUUUACAGGAGGAUCCACGCUGCAUUGUAAUAGUAGCGGCAUUGGCCUUUUAAGGUCUGGUGUGUUUAAAGAUAUUAAAUCUUAUGUUGAGUUCAGUGAUGAAAUCCCUUUUGCCAAGCCUAUUCCAAGAGGGAAUUCGAUUUCUUUGAGGAUGGAUUCAAUUCCUUUGGAAAUAGAUGAAUUGGAUUCCAGGGGUUUGCAUAUUCCUAGGUGGUUGCCAAGGUUUCCUGAUGAGACUAGUUAUAAGGAUUGUGGGGACAGGUGGGAAAAGAGGAGGGAAGGGGGCUUGGCCUUGUGGGAGAAUUCUGAUUUGGUGAGCGGUGGAAGUGGAAAUAAAUCCCAGGGGAUUUCUAGGGAGAAUGAGAAAAGAAGUGAUGGUGAUGGUGAUUUGUCGGUGGAGAGAGGAAAGGAUCUGAACUCUGUUUCUCUGCCAAAAUUGGAAUACGCAAGCCAUACUUGA